UUUUCGAACCCUAUCCGUUUUAAAAGAAUGGAUCGCAUGUUUUCUAUUAAAUAGAACUAAAUUCAUGUAGAAUUCAAUGUGUGUAACAGCUUUUCGAACAGUUGGGACGAAUGUAUUUCGGUGUUAAGGAUGAAAAUGUUUUGGAACAGUUCAAGGCGAACAGAUAAAUUUGGGAUAUCCAUUAUUUUGCGCCAAUUUUAUGUGAACUUCUUUUCGGAAAUUGUAACCACGAUUUAGGCACUCAUUUCAGAUCAAGUUUGAUUAUCUUCUAGAUAACGCAAAGAGGUUGUCUUUGCUAUCAACGAAGAGCGACUCGAUUUCGUCACUGCAUUUCAGCAGUUCCUUAAUGUCAUCCGAUUGCAGCGGAUCCGGUAGACAACAAAUCGUACCAUCACAGCUGCUGGUAUAUAUUCGUCCCAGUGAGUCCACCACCAUUGCAUAGAUCCAGGCCUCGUGUACGGCUACUUCCUUUUUGAGUGACAGGUCUUUGGUCCACAUCUAAAAGCAGUCAUGGAAACGUUACCGGUUGAGAUAUUGGAGAAGAUAUUCAAAAAUUUGCGCUACAGUGACCUGAAACAGGCUGCGGCCGUGUGUCAUCUUUGGUAUGAUGUCUACCAGCGAUCAGCUUUCAUGUCCAAAAUGGUUGUGCACUUUAAAAAAGAACUGACCCCUGCUAUAAUCAAUCGAUUUUUGCAAAGCGAAUGCUGCUAUCAGAACAUCUGCUUCACCUCCAUUGCGUUCUACGAUCUGGCCAAAUCGAAACGAAGCCUUUGCCGUAGGGACAUCAUCUACGAAGAUGAAGCUUUUAUUAAACAUAUGCAUCUACUGCUGCGAAAAUUCAGCGACACCUUGCAGAUGCUCUCGUUUUCAAAGUGUCACCUGGAACGUGGACGAUUCGUGAAAUUCACCCAACUGGUACCGGGACUAAAAUUCUUGGACAUAGAAGAAUGUACUUUCGCUGGCGAAGAUUGCGAGCAACCGUUGUGCUUACCACAGCUGAAAAAAUUCAAUUUUAAAUAUCCCGAAUCCGAAAUCCAACGCUUCGAGUCGGGGCACAUCUACGGCAAUUUGUCCAACAAUUCAAGUUGUCUAGCCAAACUAAAAGUGCAACUAUUUAUCAACGAAAUGUAUGACGACCCGGACAGCACUCUCUGGGAGCAGGUGAAAGCUGUAACGAAGCUAGUCAAGCAACACAAAAAGACGAUGAAAUCUUUUAAGGUAGACAGUUUGAAUGAACCCGUUCUUAAAAGGCUACUGUUCGACGAUGGUGAACUUCAGUUGGAAAAAGUCGUCUUCGGAGAGCUGAAACUGCGCAAGAAUGAUCAAAUUUUCUUCAAUUUCAUUGCCCAACAGAAGAAAAUUAAAAAACUGGAAAUCGCAAUCGAAUCAUCGUUGGACAUCAACAAUGAUCAAUACCUGGCCGCAAUAUGCAACCAUUUGCAGCAAUUGGAGCAAUUGUACUACGAUAUGUCCCGCAACUCGGAUGGAGGGUUGGAACAUCUACAAAAACUACACAAGUUGAAAAACUUGGUUCUUACCAAAAACCGCAACACGAUUGCCCUGACGCAGCAUUGUUUUGAUCACAUUUACAUGCCCAACCUCAUGUCGCUGGGAAUCUACUACAAGGAGUUACCUCAGCAAGCUGUGGUACAAAUACCCAUAAGCUUCCCUAACUUGAUGGCGCUCAAUUUGAGUGAAUGUGAAAAGGCUGUGACGGACAGUACCGUUCAACUGAUUUUUCGAACUCUCCCGACUCUCGAAAGUUUGGAUCUUAGCAAGUGCAAGUUGAUCACAGAGCAAGCCUUUCUCGGGACUGCACGCAUUAGUAACUUGAAAAAGCUGAAGGAUCUUGUGCUGGAGAAAUGCGAUGGAGUGACGGAUCAUUCUGUGCAAGGUUUCGAUAACCCAGCCAUCCGAAGCAUGAGUUUGGCGAUGUGCAACAGACUAACGAACGUAGGCUGGGAGCUGUUAUGUGCGCGUUGUCCAAAUCUAACAUGGCUAAAUGCCUCCCGAUGUCGCCAUUUCGAUGAUGAAACCGCACGAAUAGUCGCCACUAGGUUACAGGAAUUGGAAAUUUUAAAUCUGUUCAAAAAUAACUCCUUGACAAACGAAGCGGUUUAUCACAUUGUGGAAAAUUGUCGGUACUUGGAGGAUCUCUGCUUGACGGAAUGCCGCGGUGUAAAAAUGAAAAAGCCCCAAUACUUUGACGAUAAAAUGAAUCGAAUUAACAAAGAUUGCUUGAAGCAAAGAAUAAAGUUGAUAAAAUAGGAUAAUUCCACGUUGCAAGACCAAACCUUUCCAUAAUAAAAAAAGAAAGACACACAUUACACAAUAUA